ACAAGCAGCACACAAAACAAUGCCGUUGUAUAAAGAAGACAAUUUCCUUAUAAUACAACCGGGAUCAAAGUACACUCUCUUCACAUUUGGAUUGAAAGAUUCGCUAUCGCCACCCCAAUUUAGGAUUCCCACAAUUGUUUACAAAGACAAUAAUUCCAAUCAGUAUUUAUCCACAGCCAGUGACAAUACAACCGCGAUAUACCCCAUUCAACAUGGCAAGAUAGUUGAAUUGGAUGCAUUCAAUGCAUUGAUACAGACUGUGUUAUCGAGUGUCAUUCAACAGAACCCGGUCAUAACCAUCAAUCAAAUACCAUUGUUGAUUAUUGCACCUACAUUGACUUGGUCCAAGAGACAACUCGAGUAUAUAACAAAAUUUGUGUUUGAGACAUUGGAAAUCACUGCUUUCAAUGUGUUGGAUUUGAGCCUCGGUGCUACUUUUAGUUUUGCCAAUACUGUCAAUACAUUAGUUGUGAAUAUAGCUGAGGAUAAUGUACAGAUUGUCCCUGUUAUAGGAUACCAAGGUAUCAAAUUUGCAGGAGAAUACAUUCCGGGCAAAGGUGGUGUGACGUUGGAUGAAGAGUUGAAGGCUAAGUUCCCCAAUUAUACACCACAACAAAUUGAGGAUUUGAAAUUAAGUGGAAUAUUUGAGUUUUUACUUGAAGGGGAAGAGUCGAUUGGGGAUAUGAAUUUAGAUGUGGAUAUGGAUGCUGAAGACGCUAAUGAGUUUGACGUUGCAAAAGCUUUAACUACUGACGACGGGGAACAAAAGAAGGAGACGGAGGAGAAGAAGACGGAGGAAGAGGAGGAAGUCGAUGAGACGCAGUUGAAAUCGAAUAAGGAAUUAGAAAGGAAUUACUUUAUUGACUCUUCCACAGGUGAGAAAGUUUGGGUUGGCAAAGAUCGAUUCACUACUGACUCAAAGUUGAUUGGAAUCGUUGCUGGUGGCAUCUACAAGACACUUUUGAGAAUCAAUGAUCUUGACAAGAGACAAGAUUGUUAUGACAAUAUCAUAAUUGUUGGUGCGGCAGCUCUGGUGCCUGGAUUGAAGCAUAAGAUAUAUGCUCAUUUACUCCAUGAGUAUUUGGUUAAGGAGCCAGUCGACAAGACCACCAACGGAGCUGCCAAUAAACAAAAUGAGAUCAAUGCUGCUAUUGCAAAGUAUCAACAAAUGGACGAUGCACAAGACGGAGAUUCACAGCUGGCUAUGAGCCAGGUCCCAUAUCGCAUCAGAUACGCCAAGCCAUCUGACUACUUCCCCGAAUGGAAGAAACCAAAAGAAAAAGGUGGUUCAUGGCACGAUUGUUUUUUCCUUGGUGGUGAAAUCUAUGCUAAACAGAUAUUUUCCGGAGGAUCCCAUCAUCAUAACAAAGAGUUGUUUGUGGGCAGUGAUAUAAUCACCAUGGCUCAACAACAAUCAAUUGCACGGUUUUUUGGUGGAACCGCUUCUUUGGAUGCAGCGACGAAACGAAGAGCAUCGAGCCCACCGUCACCAAAGAGGGAAAGCACUGCCUCACCAAAGAGCCCAAACAAAUCCAACCCGCUUACUCUACCCGACUCAUCGCCAAAGUUAAAGAAACAGAAGUUAAAUGGAGAUGACAAAGACAAAGACAAAGAUAGAGAAGAAGAAGAAGAAGAAGAUGAAGCUGAGAGCAAAAGUGGGUCCAGUUCUGACUCAGAGCCUACCAGCAAGCUGGCCUCGGAAAAGGAAGCAAAGAAAUUGAUAGAAUUAAGCGAGUCUCAACAAAAACAAAGCCAACAAGAACGGUCAGGAUCAGCUUUGUCCCCCUUGAAAAUACCUUAUUCAUCAUUAAUCGAUAUCAUGGAGAAAAUUGAAUCCGAAUCAUCUCGAUUGAAAAUCACCGCCAUUAUAUCACAAUACUUUCUUGAAAUUCUUCAACAACAAAAUGACGUUUCCAAGUUGGUUAAAAUCGUUUACUUGUUUAUCAAUAGGUUGGGUCCUGAUUACGAACCAGAUUUGGAGUUGGGGUUAGGUGAGACAUUGCUAGUCAAGGCUAUCAGUGAAGGAUAUGGACGCACACCAGCAAAGAUUAAACAAGAUUUAAAAGAAUAUGGGGAUUUAGGGAUCGUUGCUCAAAAAUCGCGCAGUGGACAACGGACAAUGUUCAAACCUACUAGCUUGGACGUCGAUACUGUAUUUGAUAACUUGACGAAAAUUGCCAAAUCUACGGGAAAGGAUUCACAAUCAAAGAAAAUUGGUAUUAUUAACAAAAUGUUAACUGCUUGUGACGCAAAGCAUAAUGAAGCAAAGUUUCUAAUACGGUCAUUGGAGAAUAAAUUGAGAAUCGGCUUAGCGGGGCCUACGAUUUUAGUAGGACUAGCUCAAGCUUUUGUCAAUUAUGAAAAUCUGAAACAGGAGAAACCAAAGAAAGUUAGUCCUGAAAAAUUAGCUGAGGCAGAAAAUAUCGUCAAGGAGGCAUAUACGCGAAUUCCCAAUUAUCAGAUUUUGAUUGAAAAUGCAUUUCAAUAUGGAGUAUUCAAUUUGUUGGACCAUUGUAAAUUGACUCCUGGAAUACCUUUGAAACCAAUGUUGGCGAAACCUACAAAGUCAAUGAGCGAAGUGUUGGAUCGGUUUCAGGAUGAAAAAUUCACUUGUGAAUACAAGUAUGAUGGAGAGCGAGCACAGAUUCACUUGUUGCCUAACGGAGAUGUGCGCGUUUAUUCAAGAAAUUCGGAAGACAUGUCACAACGGUAUCCCGAUUUGAUCUCAAUCAUCAAAGAGUUCAGCAAGACUCAAGAGCAUACUUCAUUAAUUUUGGAUUGUGAAGCAGUGGCAUGGGAUAGAAUCAACAAGAAGAUUCUACCAUUCCAAGUGCUUUCAACUAGGAAAAGAAAAGACGUCAAUGAACUGGACAUAACUGUCCACAUUUGUCUUUUUGCGUUUGAUUUACUCUACUACAACGAUGAAUCAUUAUUAACUCGCUCAUUACUGGAGAGAAGAUCCAUCAUGUUUAGCCAUCUUCAACCUUUGGAAGGAAAAUUCCAAUUUGCAACUUCCAAAGACUCAACAUCGUUGGAAGUGCUCCAGCAAUUUCUUGACCAGAGUGUCCAUGAUUCAUGUGAAGGGUUAAUGGUGAAGAUGCUCGAAGGCUCCGAAUCGUAUUAUGAACCAUCGAAACGAUCACGUAAUUGGUUGAAAUUGAAAAAGGACUACUUGGCAGGAGUGGGUGACUCAUUGGAUCUCGUUGUGAUUGGGGCCUACAAUGGUAAGGGGAAACGAACAGGAACGUAUGGUGGGUUUUUGCUUGCUUCGUAUAAUCAAGACACUGGGGAUUUGGAGACUACAUGCAAGAUAGGUACUGGUUUCAGUGAUGAGAUGUUGACGCAAUUGUAUGAGAAAUUGCAUACACUGGAAACUGCCAAACCCAAGGAGUAUUUUGUUUACGACAAGACCAAUUCCAAUGCGGUUCCUGAUGUUUGGUUUGAGCCAACUAUGUUGUUUGAAGUCUUGACGGCAGAUUUAUCAUUGAGCCCAAUUUACAAGGCCGCCCAUGGUGAGUAUGGAAAGGGAAUCAGUUUGAGGUUUCCUAGAUUUUUGAGAAUUAGAGAUGAUAAAGGAAUUGAGGAUGCUACUAGCUCGACUGAAAUUGCUGAAUUUUACGAACGUCAAGCCCAUGUACAAAAUUAG